UCUCGAAACAUCGAUAGGCAGCGUUAAUAAUAACAAAUUGUUUUUAAGAGAAACAGUAAAAAAAUGAUUGAGGCGCGCACGCUGCAGUACGAGUCUAAAUUCCAGGAGUCAGUCCGGGAGAUCUCGGUGAAGGUGCUCCGCGGCGAGUACCGGCUGCUGCGGCGGAAAGAGGGGAGCUCCGUGUGGAAGGUUUACCGGGAAAUAGUCCGCUCUGACGGGGCCAUUAUCAAUGGACUCUAUUUCUGCACAGGCUGCAAGCGCGUGAUGCGAACCUUCAACACCUCGAAUCUACGCAUCCACAAAUGCCACGUGGAGUAUCUGACUCAGAGCCAUAAUCCAGCCACCGGGAUCUCCGGUUUGGAGUCUUCAACGCAAGAGAAUACCACCCUUCCGGGGGAGCGGCGUCGGAACGGGAACUAUCCACAACCUGCGGAGUGGUCCUUUCACGCAACCGAACUUCUCCUUCAGCUUUGGGCAGAAAAUGUCGUUGAUCUGCGGGAUUCUAAAAAGCGAGUCAGGGUUAUCUGGAAAAUAACUGGGGAAAUGAAGACACUGGGGUUCACUUUCACCGAAAUUAAAAACAAAUUGGAAGAUGUGGCCCAACAAUAUCGGCGAGAAGCCCACAUGGAAAAAACGACCGGAGAACCAUCCAAGUGGGAAUUUUUCGAGACCAUCAAGGGAAUAAUUGAUGCCGAUAAGCCCGUGGAAAAUAAGCCAAAAAGAUCGGAAAUUUCUGGAAAUCGGUCCACAGGGAUUAGCGAACAUAAUAAAUAUUCAAGUCAACAUAGUGAUUCUAUGAAAGAUACGAAAAUAAUAAAUAGGCACAAGAGAUCGGAUAGCUCUGGAAAUGAAACCAUCCGGAUUGGCGACCAUAACAAAUAUUUCAAUCAGCAUUAUGACUCGUUACAAGAUAAAAAAUACGUAAAGAAGCUAAACGAUGACCCAACGGAACAGGAUGACGAUUACUUAAGCGAAGACCUGGAACAAUCACAGGAAGACGUGGAUGAACUGCGCAUAUUAAAGGACAACAUUAUAAGGGAAAUUGAAGAAUCCUCUACUACACAUUCCCAGGAGAACUACGAAGAAGAGCUCGAUCAACAGAAUUCCACGAUCGAAGAAAUGAAAAGAGCCAAACGCAUAAGAUCUGCUCGAAUGAUGGAAAUAGAAGAGGAAAAACUGGUCAUAGAGAGGAAAAAAGUUAAAUUGAUGAAGUAUUUUGCGCAAGAGUUGUCGUCAUUUCAUAAAAGCUUGUAUGAACUACUUGUUGAUUCCAAAGAAGACUCAAAUUCAUGAGUACUUCUGAGGAAUUAGAGUGAUCUGCCUCACAAUAUGUUUCUUAAUGUCUUUGAAUAUGUUUAACUAAUCAUAAUAUAAUUUAUUAGUUAUUUUCAAAAAAGUUUCUCCACAAUUUCAAAAAACAAUUGAAAGCCAUUAAAUUUGCCAGAAAUUGAUAAAUUUUUUGACCUAAUCAAGAAUUUUGUAUCUUAGCAAUCCCUUCAUGUAUUAGUUUAAGACUAAUUUGAUUUCUGCAUAUAAAAUACCUCAGAUUUAGCGGG